AAUGCUUGUAAAACAAUGGAACCAAUGUUUUUCGCACGUUCUUUCAGGACCCCUUUAAGUGAUGCGCUGUUGCCUUAUCAUGCUUUUCCUACCCACACAAGUCGAUUACUUGCAAUACAAAUGCUAAGUAACAGCAAACACGUAAACAAAAGUUUUUUUCGAAUGGUUUGCAUACUCGGCGGUAUUAAGAAAUAUAAGGUGCUAGUCGUCGACUGUUGUAAUUGUGAUAUUAGCUUCGCGUUAGCAGCUAACUUACAGAGCUCAGCAGCCAGACAUUCAACACCAGCAUACUAAAACCAGCAGAUGUGAUGGAAAAGCCUGCAGAGGAAACAGCAGUUGCAAAGGCGACAAGAGCCGCAGUCAAGGGUGAAGCAGCCCUCAAACCAGAAUUCAUCACCAGCAAAGACAAAUUCCACGAGUUUCUUGACUCAGAAGGGCAAAGCUUGAAGGGAGGUGAGAAUAAGGCAUCUGAGGUGCCCGCGGAGGAGCCCAUAAGAAAAAAGACAAAGUUGGACACUGAGGAGAUCGACAAAAGCGCCAAACCGGACGGCAAACGCCUUAGGGGGCAGAACAAGUCGAGGCCACAUAAGAAACCGACAUCCUAUGAUGAAAAGAGGCUGUGUGCCUCUGUUAUUCGGGGCAACCAGGAAUGUCCCUACGGGGACAAGUGCCACUUCUACCACGAUGCCGCCACCUACCUAGCCAGCAAGCCCGCCGACAUCGGCGAACGCUGCCACGUAUACGACACCUACGGGAAGUGCGCGUACGGCCUUUCCUGCCGCUUCGCCAAGGCGCACACCACGGCCGAGCUGAAGAGCGGCGAGAACGCGGACGUGGUGAAAAGCUGCGAGGGCCGCACGCCGGUGAGGAACAGCCUUAGUAAAGAGCUCCAGAAUCGUCUGAGGAAGCAUUCCGUCGCAUUCAAGAAGUCGGCGGAGUACCUCAAGACACUUUCCAACAACAAGGAUAAAAAAGAACAGCAGGGCAAUGGGGCUGCUGACCUACCAGCAGAUCCAACAACUGAGGCAAAGUAUGAAUCUACAGAUGCAGAAAUGCAGGUAAGCUCGGCGAAGACGUCCACCGUGCGCACUAUUGGUGCGUUGACUGACGUGGAUGUCGUCAAGUUGCGAGCGUGUGAAAAAAAACAGAUCGACUUCCAAGACAAGCUCUACCUCGCACCGCUAACCACUUGUGGCAACCUGCCAUUCCGCCGCGUGUGCAAGCGCCUGGGAGCGGACAUCACUUGUGGCGAGAUGGCCAUGUGCACCAACCUGCUCCAGGGCCAGCAGUCCGAGUGGGCCCUGCUCAAGAGACACGAGAGCGAGGAUCUCUUUGGAGUCCAGGUGGAGGGCUGCUUCCCCGACACCAUGACGAGAUGUGCCGAGCUCAUCAACAACAACACAGAGGUGGACUUUGUGGACAUAAACUCAGGGUGCCCCAUUGACCUUGUCUAUAAGAAGGGUGGAGGCUGUGGCUUAAUGACGCGCACCCGCAAGUUUGAGCAGAUAGUCCGGGGAAUGAACUAUGUGCUGGAAGUCCCUUUAACGGUGAAGAUCCGGACCGGCGUUCAGGAGAAGAACAACAUUGCACAUAAACUCAUCCCUGAGAUGAAGAAUUGGGGCAUUUCUAUGAUCACACUGCAUGGCCGCUCCAGAGAGCAGCGCUACACCAAGCUUGCUGACUGGGACUAUAUCACCACGUGCUCCAAGCUGGCCAGCCCCAUCCCACUCUUUGGUAAUGGGGAUAUUCUGUCCUAUGAGGAUGCCAUAAAAGCCAAAGAGACGGGCGUUUCUGGGAUCAUGAUUGCAAGGGGCGCUUUAGUGAAGCCGUGGCUCUUCACGGAAAUCAAGGAGAGGCGGCACUGGGACAUCUCGUCGGGCGAACGUCUGGACAUCCUCCGGGAGUUCAGCAACUUCGGCCUGGAGCACUGGGGCUCGGACACACGCGGUGUGGAGAAGACGCGCACCUUCCUGCUUGAGUGGCUCUCCUUCAUGUGCAGGUAUAUUCCAGUUGGGCUGCUGGAACGAGUGCCUGUGAAGAUCAAUGAGAGGCCUCCGUACUACAUGGGGAGGAACUACCUGGAGUCUCUGAUGGCGAGUCAAAACGUUGGAGACUGGAUCAGGAUCAGUGAAAUGCUGCUUGGAUCUGUGCCCCCAAAUUUCAACUUCUUGCCCAAACACAAAGCCAACUCGUACAAGUGAUUUAUUUCCCCCUCCCUCUAAGAACAAUAUCCAGGAUUUUAUUUUAUUUAGAAAUCAAGUGUGUGGCAUAUUAACUGAUAAGAAAAAUAUGCAAAUUUUUGUUUUGGUAAACUUGUACUGUGCAAUAAAACCACACUUAAUAUA